GGGACUUCUUCCUCCCUGCGGGCACUGAGAGAGCGUUUGUGUGCAGUCAGUGCUGCUCACAGGCCACUUGUGUGUUCAAUAGUUGAUUAAAUUGCCCCAAAGAUGCCAUCUAAGGGAACAAGUGUUGCAAUUGCAAUGUCCAAAUUCGUUACUCCCGGGUUUGGGAAUCCUGCCUUGUCCUGCUGUGGGUGCCAGUGUCCAUCCAAGCUGCACUCGGAGCUCUCACUGAUGUGCAGAGUUUUGCCCUGUGGAGUGGCUGAACUGUUCUGUUCUGUUCUGUCAGGGUGGGCUGGGUGUGUUGCACUGCUGGAAAACGAUGCUGUGCAAGCACUCGAUUUAGGCAGAAACUUUCAAAGCAAAGUUGGAACAGCUUCAUCCUCAAAACCACAGCCUCCUUUUGCCGAGCGAUCCCAGUAUCUUUUUAUUCUAAAAACACCAGAAGAAAUGUCCAGACUUUUGAAGAUGUGUUUCUUGUUGAUAUCAAUGAAUCAUGCCAAGAUUACUCACAGUCAGAACUCUGAAGAUUUGCCUCCAUUGUUACACAAAGCUGCGGAGGAAGUAAUAGCUGGGAAAUAUCUGAAUGCCCUCCUAGAUAUACUUUAUUUUCAAAGCUCUAAUGUCUGGACAGCAGAUCUUCUUACAAAAGUCAUGGCCUAUUUUCAUGCUCAGGAAGUUAUGUUUACUCUUAGCAGUCUACAGAUGUCCAUAAAAAGUUACCUGAAGAACCUUUUAUACCAGCCCAGGCAACUGCUGUCUGAAUUGCAACAGCUUGAUCAGCAGCAGUUCCAAACUGCGAUGAAGUACCUCUUCAACAGCAAAAAGGAGCAUCUUGAAAUGGGAAAUAUUAUUCUUGACUGGGGCAAGACUAGAGAGAGAAUUUUUCAAAGCCCAGGAGUAAACAGGACCUUGUUCCUUGUAACUCUGGAUAAAUGCUUCCUGGCUCUGAGUGCCCUGGACUGUGUGGAUAUCCUGAGUCAGGUUCUGCGUGUGUCAGCAGUGAACUAUCUCCAACCUGAUGUCAUUGGGAGUCUCCCAAACCUUCUGCUGGAGGAUGCUUUCAGAAACUUAUCAUCAUUGUUCAAGGACCUCUAUGACAGAACCUCAGCAAGCACUCAGAGAGCUCUCUAUGGCUGGAUGAAGCAGAUUCUACAGCAAUCUUACAACAUGAGUGAGUUCAAUGAAUCAACUUCUUGGGUCAGUGCAGAAAGCUUAUGGAUUUUGGGAAGAUACAUGGUCCAUCUCCCAAUAGAAGAAAUUCUGAAAAUUAGUCUUAAUGAAAUCAGACUGUUCAUUAGCUACGACAACGCAACAAAGCAGCUGGACAUGGUGUAUGAUAUCACACCAGAGCUUGCACAGGCCCUCCUGGAAAGGAUAAACUUGUCAGGAUUUGAUAUGAGGAACACUUCAACUAUCUACAGGCUGGGUUUGUUGGUUUGUUUUUAUGAUGACCUGGAACAGAUGGAUGCAGCUGUGGCCCGGGCUCUACUUCAUCAAAUGAUUAAAUGCAAUCAGCUGAGAGGUUUCCAGGCCGAGGUUCAUGAGCUCAAAUCUCAGCUCCUGAACAUUGCCAUGCAAAACCAGACAUUGAAUGAUACCCUUGGAUCUCUAUCAGAUGCUGUGGUUGGACUAACUUCAAGUCAGCUGGAAUCUCUGUCACCUGAAGCAGUGCAUAAUGCUGUUGCAACAUUAAACCAAGUCUCUGGGUGGGCAAAGAGCCAAGUUAUGAUUUUAUCCAGUAAAUAUCUCUCUUAUGAAAAGGUUUUAUCAUUUUACAACGUGAGCCAAAUGGGUGCCUUGGUGACAGGAAUUGGCACUGGGUCACUGCACAGCAUGAGCCCCAGGGAGCUGGCUCAGAUGAUUCGAGGCACAACAUCCCAGUACUUGUCUGACUUAUCUCCUGCACAGCAACAGGGCAUCCUCAGGAAGAUUGCUGCAUCUGGAGAUUUUUCUUCAUCAGUCAAAGAUAUACAAGGAGCUUUCUUUAAAGAAGUCUCUCUUUCUGGUUUAUGGAAGCAAACUGGCUAUAAUUCCACAAUGCUGAAAGAAAAAGAACUAAGAAGCAGCCAGGCUUUGUAUCUGUAUGAGUUACUGUCCAAGGAAAACUAUCCUGUUGACCUUCUAAGCACAGGACAGCUUGUGAAAGGAGUAACUUGUCAACUCUUUGAAAGUAUGGACACAGACAUAUUUUUAAACAAUUUUAAAUUCUUUGAAAUUAAUCUUCAUCUGCUUUCUCCAUAUCAGGUUAAUUGUUUGGCUUGGAAAUUUUGGAAAGUCUCCAAUGCAUCCAUUCCUCCCUUCCUCUUACUGGCACUUCCUUCUGAGUACCUGGAGUACGUUACAGGCCCUUUGUGUGUCCCUUUCCUUGAACGUGUGGGGAAGACUGGAAUGGACCUUCUGAACCCAAGCCUUCACAAAAGGGAUGCUGUCCUGCAAAAAGUGCAGGAGUGCUUGAACAGCUCCAUUGCUGAUGAAUAUGAUGUUGACCUCCUUGGAAAUCUAAUCUGCCACUUACCUCCAGCCUUUCUACAUGGCAGAAUGUCCCUGAAGGCAAUGGCAGCAGCCCUACAUCAAUUCAAACUUUGCCAACAGCUCAGCCACGAGCAGAAGACUGAAAUUAAAUACAAACUCUUCGAGUUAUAUGGCUCCUCAAACAACUGGACAGCAGAAACAACAUUAGAUGUUGGACCAUUCAUAGUUCUGCUGUCAAAAGAGGAAUUAAACAUCCUUGCUGAAAAGUUCCCAGGUAUCCUUUUACAAAUAGCAAAGACAAUUGGACCAGUUUCUUCAGCUGAAGAGCUUCUGUCAGCUGUGUUUGAGUCAGUCUCCAACAGCACUGGCAGCGUCCUCCCAUCUCUCAGCACAGCUGAUUGCCUGGGAACCAGAGCUCCUUCUUCCAAUGAAAUCAUUAAAUUAGGAGAAGCAAAUGUCUUUUGGUCAGUUCAGGAACUGAAAUGCAUGGAUCCAGGGACUUUUGACAAAAAUGUGGAACUUCUUGGGGGUGUCUCAGGUUUUAACAGCUCCCAGCUGACUGCCUUGAAGGAAAAAGCCAAGCAGGUUUGGGGGUUGCUGCCAGACUGGAGGAGUUACCAAAUCAUCUCCCUGGGCCGCAUUGCUCUGGCACUCACUGCACAGGAAAUCACAGAGCUGGACCUGCGCUCCAUCGACGCCGUUUCUGGUCUUAGUCAGCAAACAGGGUGGACUCUUACCCAGGCAAGAGCUAUUUUGCAAGGUUUUCUGGAUGACUCUGGCCAGACCAUCAGCACAUUAAAAAGUUUUGAUUUAGUUGGAUUAGGAGCUGUUCUCUGUGCUUUGAACUCCACAGAAAUCACAUCCAUAAGGACUGCUGAAUUCAGUGCUGCAGUUGCAAGAAUUGGCCUGUUGUUUUGUAGCACCCCUGUUCUGAGACAGUUUAAGAAGAUGACAGAAUCUGUGUUUGGUGCUGCUACCAGCUGGAAUGGCUCUGUUUUACAGGAAAUUGGUACUAUAGCAGGUGGUUUGAGUGAGGAUGAAUUAAAAGCUUUUGAUAAAAGCUUGAUGCCAUAUUUCCAGCCAUCAGCAGUAAGACAUAUACCUCCUGAAAUUUUCCAAGCAUUGUCCCCAGAGCAAAUAGCAAACCUGGGCCCCGAGAACGCCGCCAUGGUUACAGGAUCUCAGCGGGAGCAUCUGGAUGCAGCACAGCUCCAGAGCCUGGGGCUGGCACUGGAUGGAGCCAGGAGCAGCAGCCCCGGGACACAGAGCACUGCAGGGUCUCCCCAGCAGGGACAAACCCCGGCUCCCAGCGGUGCUCCUUGUUUGAGUGGCUUUGGCAUCUGGCUGUGUGCUGUGUUUACACUGCACCUGCCUUUCUGAACCCUCAAGGCUUGAGCUUGAGUGUCCUGGAGCUUACAACAAAGAUGCUAGAGAUAAAAGAGUGUCAGCUCAGCUUGAACAGUAGAAUCAAGAGGCUCUGAGAAUUCUGAGUGCAGAGUGGUUAAAUUCUUACAAGCAAGAUCCUCAUCUGCCAUCAUUAUGAGAACUAUCUCCUUUCCAUAGCUUUACCAUUAACAAGUAACACAGUAUCCCUGCAAAUACUUGAAGUUUAAAAACUGUAAAUAGCUUAUCUGUCUCAUGAGAAAAUCACUGAAAUAUAGGAUUGUGUGUUAGGUAGGAACUUGAAGUACAGGGAGGAGAGGUGGGGGACUGUUGUUUGGAGGCUGAUGUCUGAUACCCAGUGCUUUUUACGUGGGCUAAUUUGGUCACACUCCUGUGUCCUUUUGUUUUCUUUUACUUCAAGUGUACAUUCCCUGGAGAGGGGCUGUCCUUCUGUGUGGUGUAGUAGAAACUACACUAAAAGUUACUGGUGUUGCAAUAAAAUAGCUUCAUCUUGGAGCUGCUGGUUUAAAUCCUCUCAGACAAGAAGUGAUAACAGGCUCUUAGAAUUUAAGCACCUGUACAAAAUGUUGUUUCCCCAUGGCUGUUUGUAUUCAAUACAGAACUGUUGACACUGGGGGCAUUGGCAAUACUGUGAGUAUUUCAUGUGACAAAAUGCACCAUGGAAACCUGCUUAUGUUCAUCAAGAGACAGUCCUUUCACUCCAGGUGGGGUUGAAGUGUGCACCUGGGAAUGCUAAAGGGAAACUGUUCACUGGGCCUAUGCACUACUAGGACUGUCAAUCCAGUAUUUUCCACAAGACCUAGAAUAAGGAAUUUCUCAUAAACCAUAAAUAUUUUCCUGUGUUUUAUCAGCAUAUGAUUUAAGUGUCUAAUAUGAGCUUCUCAUGCCUCAAUAUUUCUCAAUAUUUUAAACAAUGGCAGGAAAAAGAUAUAUUAAAAAUCCUCUCCAUGUGAACGUAUAUUUUGAUGUUUUUCAACAUGAUUUUAGACCAUGGACACAUGGCACAGUUUUCCAUUUUGCCAUUGCAAAAGUCUUAUUUUUUCUAGACUGAAAAAGGCAAUGCAUGGUUUGAAAAGUUUAGCUUUUUCAUUCAGGACUGUACUGUAGCAAAUGCCCUUCAAACUGUAAUUUGUAUUCCUUUAUGGCAAAUAUUACAUCUGGCUUCUCAGUCCUGAAAGUAGAAUUGAAAUUUUUCUCAGCUGGGGAAGCAAUAGGAGUGGGAGGGAGGGAGGGAAGGGCCCAGCUGCUGCAGGGGCAAGGUGAAAGUGAGCUCUUGCUGUAGUUGGGAGUAACAGUUCCACCAUAGUCCCACAUAAACUGUAAUUCCUGCAGCAGCAGGGGAUAACUUGGUUCUCAGGGCUUUGUAAUUGGCAAAGUAGGCAGUGAGAGCCAUUUCUUACCCCCUCCUUUCCCUCUUCCCCCUUCAGCAAUCUGCUGCUUUGGGAACUGCCUUUGCCUAUAACUAACCCUGGCAAGUGUGACAUGAUGUUAUAGAUAGUACUACAUGCUUUAGUUCUGCAUUUUAUAAGCAAAGAGUUAUGAUUGCUUCAAACUGCCUGGCACUUUUUUCUCUGAUCCUCAUGGUAAGAUUGUAGCUUCUCCAGCUGUGUUUCCUUUUCUGCAUGGGAACAAGAGAUUGAGACAUAUAUUUAAAUAGAAAGAAGUUUGUUUUGUUAAUCCCAGCAAAUACAUGCAAAUGUCCACUAAAACCAAGUGGAUCAAAUGCAUUAUAAAGAUUUAUCUGUGUUUUCACAUUAGAAAGUUCUGCCUCACUCAGAUGUGAAAGUACUAAAAGGUUUUCUGAUUUCUAGAAAUUGCCUGACUUGAAUUCUGUGUGCACUUCCGAAGAUGCAGGAGAGUGUUUUCAUGUCAAGAAGACUGUCAGCAUUUCCAGUUCAGCUGCUUGGGUCAGAUACGUGACUUAGCUCUACCAAGCCCUUCAAAAAUCUAUAUGAGUUGAAAGUGAUCUUCUUCUGUCAAUAUACCUGGGAGUGAUUCUGUUUGCAAUUGUGUGAGUCAGAGUUUAGCUUUUAAUUGGAGCAGGAGUGAGUUCUUUGUUUUGUGCCAUCUGUGCUGUAAUUUCUUUCAAGCACAAGUGCUUUUAAAUAGCUGAACAGCUUGAUUAUUUAUAUAUUUUAUUAAAUUAAUAAUUACAUUAAGAACUUUGGCAUUACAUUUACGUUUGGUCAAGGGCUUAUCUAUUUCUUACAAGAGUAGUGUAGGAGGGGUAGAUGUGGCUGACUUAAUGUUGUACUGAUUUCACUAUGAGAUUGCAAAUGCUGGUUGGUUCAUGAGGUGGUGUGAGCAUUUUGGAUGGCAAGUAUUGUAGAAAAGCAAUUUUACUCCUGACAAUGCCCCUCUUGUAAAGGUCACUGAUGGAAAAGCCCAUUCUACAAAAUCUGGGAUUCAUUAGACACUUCCAUCAAAACUGUUGAAACUGAAUUUCUGUGGGAAGAAUAGAUGGAAAGGGGAGAAAGGCAUAGAGAGCACAAGUAUGCAUGGUAUGCAAUCUGUGUGUGUGACCUGCCAUCCAUUCACAAUCCUGCACACUGCCAGAGGAAACUGAACUUGUACACUUUACUUCCAUGCAACAAACCACAGAACCCCUCAGUGCAGGCAUCUGUCCCCUCUGCAGAUGUGUAUUGCAUACAAGAUGCACGUGAUCACUUGGACUGGAAUGCAUUCAUGAGAAAAAUGUCUCACACUCCCUCUCUUUUUGCAUGAUCAGGAUUUUGGGAAAGAAUAUACUACAGAGAAAGGUGGUAUAAAGAUUAGAUUCUUAAAGAAAUGUUGCUCUUUGUAGAUGUGGGUAACAUCUAUUUAAACCAAGCUUAAUUUCUCCUACAUUCUUUUUAGUUCUUUUAGAUCUUUGAGAAAGAAAAAAAAAAUCGGAUUUGUGCCUAAAUCUGCUGUUGAAUGCAGGCCAUGAUAAUAAUUGUAUCUGCUUAUUGUGAGAACUGCAGCUCUCCUCUCCACUUGUGACCCUUGUGAUGGUUGUUGGGCAGUGCCAUACAUCCUGUGGGAUGCACUCCAACCAUCCAGCUGCUGACAGUCAGAGCUCUGGUGUAGGCCUGGCUCCUCUGAGUGCUUUGAGCCCUGUGACAGAUGUCCCUGUCCAGCAGAAUGUGCGAGGAGGCAUUUCAUUCCUGUGAUUGAAUGUAGGAUCCUUCAGAAGUUAACAAAUGGGAAGAAAUACUUUUGUUGGUUUAUUGUUUCAGUGCCUGAUACCUUGAUGUUCAGAAUUGUAUUUGGAAAAAAGGGCUACUGGUUCUGGAUCAGCAGGAGAGAAAAUAUCCCUAUGACCUGGUACUGAGGUAAAUGGCACAUCUGUGGUGUCUCUAAAUCCCCAAAAGGAAGAAAACAACUACCCAUCCACAGUGUCUGAGAAGUGUCCCUGUUAAAGCUGGCAUUAUGCCUGUUGUCAGGUUUUGUACAGUGCAUGGAAUGUUUGACUCCCAGUGAUCUCAAUCUGUCACAUCAGAGCUAACCAGCUCCUCAGAGUGAGGUUCUAAAGAUACUGUUUAAAAAAAAGGCAUCCUUCCUUAAUUUUAAGAAGCCCUUUAUUUCUCUGUAUAAUCUGCUGAAAUAUUCCAGAGGCAAUUACACACUGCAUUAUGGCAGAUUUAGCUUCUCACUUCACUUCACUGCUGUGCCUAGGGCUCAUCACCCCCUCAUUUACUUUCCAGUAACACAAAUUGCAGCCCAUCAUGUCAGGCUGGGACCUUGUCAGAGUCCCACUGGCUGCCCCCUUGGAGCAGAUGUGAGACAUUGCUCAAGGUGUGCCAGCCAAGCACUCCUGGGGCCAAGGGAGGGGCCUGACUCACUCCAGGGACACUCAGAAAGGAGCAAGGAAUCAGCAGUCACCUGGAAUGUGUCACUUGAGCAGGUACUGGCCAUAGUGCACCGUUGGGAUUUUGGCUCAUGCUGGGUUGUGGUUAUAGAUCCCACACACUGCCAAUUUCCCCAUGGCAGUCAAGGAACAGCCAGCAAACUGCAGCACCUCAUUCCCCUGUCAUACUCUGUUCUCCUUAAAAGUAAAUAUCAAAUUUCAAAUAAUAUCUUCCUUUUUUUUUUUCUUUCUUUUCUCUAAAAGGCUGAUAUUCUGGGCUGGUACACAACUUUAAGCAACAGUGUCUCUUUAUUUCAGUGAAACUAUUUACAUGUUUUUGAUAUGUUUGUGGGGUUUUUUGGUGUGUGUGUUUUGGGUUGUUUUUUGUUUUGUUUUUUUUUAAACAAGAUCUCUAGGCAUGGGAUGAGGAGAGCUAAGAACCUUAUAGUGCUGAUUAGUAAAAUAUUCUCAUCCAUAUGAUGUGGGACAGCCUUAGGGACUGUUUACUCCAGUGCUGUUGGAAGGCAGGGAUCUGACUUCCUUUUCCAGUAAGGCAGGAGGGAAACUGGGUAGAAAAGAUAGGUCUGCAAAAAAUAAACAAAAACUCCACUCUAAGUUAAAUUUCUUUUAUUGGUACCCCAGAACAUUUGGAAUUGGUCCUCAGAAAGAGUAUUUUCUGCAUUGUUAUGUAGCAUAUUGUUGGAAAGUGCAGAUAAAUAACAAACCUGUCAUAAAGCAAAACAGACCUGUGUGCUAUCCAGGUAUCCAUAAUUCCAUAUUUUAGUUAAGACUGUGAUCUAUUAUCAGACCAUCUUUCCAUAUCUUUCUAAUUUUAGUCUUUAGACAGAGAAAUUAUGAGACUGCCUCAAAGACCCCACUGGACCUUGCCUGGCAUCAGGACAAGUAGGAGUUUUGCACCAUAGGAUAUUUUUAUCAAAGCUCACAUCUGGUUCUUUAUUUGUACCCAAAAAUAGAUAGCCACAAAAUGUACUAUAUUUUUUCUGCAAUGAGUAGAAAGCAACCAAUGUCCAUCUGUCUCUUCCUGCCCCUUUCUGUUCAGCAUCAGUCUGCUUUCAAUCCGGAUUAACAAGAGGAUUUUCUUGCCCUGAUGAUGCAGUAACACAGGCAUGUUCAGAGCUCAUAGCCCAAGUGACUGAACAUUGAAGUAUUAACUGGAAGAAUUGUGAUUGAUGGAUUUCUUGCUUUGCUGGCAACAGUAUAACAUUUAUUUUCUAAUGUUUUAGCUGGUAUAAUUAGCCUUACAAAUACUUAACAUCUCACUUAAUAUCUGCAAACUUCUCUUUGAGGGACAAAGAGAAAAGGAGAGAUGACAAAAGUAAAUUCCUGUAGGGAAAUAUGAAAACAGUGGAAAAUGCUAAUCUGUCACAGAUACAACAGGGGAAUAUUUUCUCCUUGAUAAUUUUUAACCAUUGUAUAUGGAAGUGAACUGUAUUGAUUUAUCAAAGAAUAGCCAUUGCUAUAGUGAAAAUCACAUUGGUUUGGUGCACAAGCUGAAACUGCCCCAGGUCAUGUUUAAUUGGGGCCUGACAUGUUUCAACAUUUAAUCAGACAUCAGAAAACAACUUAGAUCACAAACAAGUCCUGAAUAUGAACUGCAUUAACUGAGCAGGAGUUGAGAGCAUGGAUGUCAGCUCUCUAGCUUUAAUGUAUCUAUUAAAUAGAUUCCAGACA